AUGACAACCCCGCCUCCUCGUGCACAUGAGACCGAAGAAGAGGCUGACGAUGAUGGGUUGGGGAAGGAGAAGGCUACUCCUGAGAAGAGGCGUCUGCAGGCUCAGGAGACACUGGUGGACAAUGGGGAGGAUGCUCAGCCGACCUUUCCGUCGGAUGAGCUACCGACACCUUUCAAGUCGACCCAGAAGGACCUCAGCCUCGCCACUCCGAAAGCCUCCAGCCGAGAACCUCCGAUCCCCGAGCCGAAGUCCCUCAUGAGCAGCUUCGACAAUGCUGUGUCCGACCCGCCUGGUCCGACCCAUGUCUUGUCCCUUGCACCACCUGAGACAUCAGAUGGCAGUGGGGACGAGAUUCUUCAGUACGCUUUGCAGCAGAAGAUGGUCGAGGUUUCCUCGGGCGAGGAGAAUUGGAAUCCUGCAGAAUCUUGGUAUGCAAUAGCACUACUAGUCGUUCGGUGUUGCUCCAUGUUCUGUGUCUGGGAUGCAAUCCUGUUCGACAAGGAGACGGAUAUCUACUACGGCACGCCGCUGAAGGAAGCCAAACCCGAGCCCGACAAAUCCGCCGAUGAGACCGAAGAUGAUGCUUCUGAUGGGGAUGCCAAGCCCACGGCCCCUGCUGCUACACGCCGCCCCAGACUCGAGACUCUGUCCAAAGCCGAAGAAGCCAAGCUGGAAGCUGUCCUCCGGCGAGUUUGCAAAGCUGACAAGAAGGGGAACUAUCAGGCAGUCCGGAAGUUCUGCAUGAAGAAGGAGAACCGGAAGACCCACAUCCUGAAAGACAAGUACCAGAAGAAGUUGCUAUGGUAUUGGUGCGACAUUGCAUACGAGGGUGUUCAAGCCAAGAAGGACGAAGAAGAGCUCACGCGAGACACUGCGAUCUCGUCGGGCUCCCGGGUGACUGAGGUGCCUUUGGGUCUGGGGGCGAGUCUUCCCGCCCUGGACUCCGAUGAAGAUAUGAAUGAUGCCGAUGAUGAUGAAGAUGACGAUGAAGACGAGGAUGGUGAGGAAGCCGAGGACAGCAAGCAACCCAAGCUUGGCAAAAGAAAGAGCAAAGAGCAGCUAGAUGUGCACGAGGACAUGACUCCGAUCACUGACAUCGACGGGGUGCCGGACCUGCUGGAUGAGAUCCUGAAACUGACGAAGCUGAUGAACUCCGUGAACAAGUUGCCCCCUGGCAAGCAAUCAGUGUCCUCGGAGCAAAUCGGCGAACACAUCGCCGAAUCGACACUGCUGCCAACUCUGAAGGGCUUCGACAAGGAGCCUGAAAAGGUAUCGACUGAGUUCCUUGCAGAGCUGGCAAAUGCUGUGGUGACAGAGGUCAAUGACACAUUUGGGGAGGAGGGUGCCGCAAAGCUGCAAUCCUACAGGCUUCUCCGAAAAAUGAGUCGUGGGUUUACUGCAGGUCAUGCUGCAGAGGCCACCCGAAAGGCUUUAGAAACAAUGCCCGAAAACCAGGCACCUGUUCCGGUUACAGAAGUUGAUAUCGGCUUGGACGAACCGUUUCCUUGUAUUCUGUUUUCCGAUUACCUUCGAACGCUGGCUGAACACAACAAGCUGAAUGUGCUUACACAAGAUACUGAUCUUGAAGCCUUUUGGGGCAAGAUGCAGCCACUGCUUCCGGAGCAUCCGGUCUUCCAGCUGCCUGCAGAAAGCCGGGCUCGCACUCUUCCACUUUAUCUCAUAGGGGAUGAGGGCCGAGGAUGGAAGAAGUCAGCUGUGUUCGUGCUGGGCUCAGAAUCAGUGCUCGGCACGGGCUGUGAUGCAGAGGAUGAGAUUACUUCGGCAGAAGCUAUGAAGAUGAAUUUCAGAGGAAACACCAUGCUUACCAGGCAGCUGUUUGCAUGCAUGCCGAAGGGCCUAUACCUGAAUGACGACCGACCCCUUCACAAGCUUGUCAACAUUUGGGCAGAAGAUUUUGCAAAGCUCUUCUACGAUGGCCUUCGCAUCCGCCGUGGCGGCUGCACGGAGACAUGGCGAGCCGUGGUUCUUGGGCUUAAAGGAGACUGGCCAGCUUUGGAUAAACUAGGACGAUUGCAGAGGCAUUUUCGUCGAGAAGCCUAUCCUUAUAAAGUUGGUAUAUGUCACCUGUGUAUGGCUAAUACACGACAGCAAUGGUUCAAAGGAGCUGAUACAACUUUCGUCCUCAAGUUUCUCGUCUUCAAGUUUGAGAAUGUACUGGCAUCCGAAGAUCUGGGCGACGAUCGGCUUUAUGUUCAAGCCGUUCUUGAUUGCUUGAAAGCUUCUGAUGGAUUCUUGAGCUCUUUGUAUAAAGCCGGCCUGUUUCUGUGGAGACGACGACUCGUAAAGAUUGUGCGACUUGGCAACGAGAUGAUUGCUUCGUACACUCGUUGUGCAGGACUGGCAGUCUCAAGAUCUUUGGCUCGCUUCAAGCUCAGCCCGAAGUAUCAUAUGUUGAUGCAUGUGGUGCUACAGCUCAUGGUAGACAGGGAUGCCAACCGAACACCUGUCAAUCCCAUGGCAUACUCGUGCCAAAUGCCAGAAGAUUUUAUAAACAGAGUCGCGACUCUGGCAAGGAGUGUGAGCCCUCGGUAUGUGCCGGCGAGAAGCUUGUCUCUCUACAAGAUUGCACUCGCAAAGCUCUGGCAAUGA